AUGUAAAUUUUUGUUAAGACUUUAACAGGAAAAACUAUUACUCUCGAUGUUGAAGCUUCUGACACUAUCGAAAAUGUCAAAGCUAAGAUUCAAGACAAGGAAGGUAUUCCUCCUGAUCAACAAAGACUUAUUUUCGCUGGUAAAUAACUUGAAGACGGAAGAACCCUUUCUGACUACAACAUCCAAAAAGAAUCAACUCUUCACUUAGUUUUGAGAUUAAGAGGUGGUAUGUAAAUUUUUGUUAAGACUUUGACUGGUAAGACUAUUACCUUAGACGUUGAAGCCUCAGAUACCAUCGAGAAUGUGAAAGCUAAGAUUCAAGAUAAGGAAGGUAUUCCUCCUGAUCAAUAAAGACUUAUCUUCGCUGGUAAAUAACUAGAAGAUGGCAGAACUCUUUCUGACUACAACAUCCAAAAGGAAUCAACUCUUCACUUAGUUUUGAGAUUAAGAGGUGGUAUGCAAAUCUUUGUUAAGACUUUAACAGGUAAAACUAUCACUCUCGAUGUUGAAGCUUCUGAUACUAUUGAAAACGUAAAGGCUAAGAUUCAAGAUAAGGAAGGUAUUCCUCCUGAUCAAUAAAGACUUAUUUUCGCUGGUAAAUAACUCGAAGACGGAAGAACCCUUUCUGACUACAAUAUCCAAAAAGAAUCAACCCUUCACUUAGUUUUGAGAUUAAGAGGUGGUAUGUAAAUUUUUGUUAAGACUUUGACUGGUAAGACUAUUACCUUAGACGUUGAAGCCUCAGAUACCAUCGAAAAUGUGAAGGCUAAGAUUCAAGAUAAGGAAGGUAUUCCCCCUGAUCAAUAAAGACUUAUCUUUGCUGGUAAGUAACUCGAAGACGGAAGAACCCUUUCUGACUACAACAUCCAAAAGGAAUCAACUCUUCAUUUAGUUUUGAGAUUAAGAGGUGGUAUGUAAAUAUUCGUUAAGACUUUGACUGGUAAGACCAUUACUUUAGAUGUUGAAGCUUCUGAUACUAUUGAAAACGUCAAGGCUAAGAUCCAAGAUAAGGAAGGUAUCCCUCCUGAUUAAUAAAGACUUAUUUUUGCUGGUAAAUAACUCGAAGACGGAAGAACCCUUUCUGACUAUAACAUUCAAAAGGAAUCUACACUUCACUUGGUCCUUAGAUUAAGAGGUGGUUUCUGA